AUGGCUUCUGAACACGACGACGCUUCUGCUUCUUCCUCUGCUCCUGCACAAGUUGAUAACAACAAGAUGGAUGAUGAAGUGCAAAGCCAUCCAGAGACAAACAACCAUCAAGAUUUGCAGAGUGUUGGAAAAACGGGAAAUUCUGAUCAUUCGGAUGCCAUGAUUACCGACGAAGAUGAUCAAGCAUCAUCAUCAGCACCAACCACUUCCUUCUCUCUUGAAAAGUUUUACAGCGAAUUCCAAAGAUUAAUACAACAACAUUCCAUGCCAACAAGUGAGGGCGAAACUUGGUACAUUGUAGAGGGAAAGUGGAUGGGUGCUUUGGCCAAUAUGGAAUCUUCUCACUGCUCUCCCGGACCUAUCGAUAAUAGUCUCUUGAUUUCUCCAGAGAGUGAUCCACAAAACCCUCGGCUCAAAGAUGGUCUACAAGAACAAUCAGAUUAUGAUCUUGUUCCAGAAGAAAUCUGGAAUUUAUUUAUUAGAUACUUUGGAGGUGGCCCAGCUAUUCCCAGAAAGACAGUCAUUGUCAACAAGGAUUCCAUCAGAAAGACAUAUACAGUGGAAGUUUAUCCAUACGAAAUUUCAGUUGCUGUAGUUACAAACGAAAAUGUCAACGAACUAGAUUGGGUUGACUAUGAAUUCUCAAAGAAUGACACCAUUGAUGAGGUGUUUGAAAAAGUGAAGAGAGACUUCAAUUUGCAAAACAAGGAGUGUAAACUAUGGAAGGCAAUUAUGGAUUCUCCAUCUGAAGAAGUUAAUGUAUCUAUUCUCAGAGAUGAAACGUUAGAAAACUUGUUGGAACGCAAAGUCGGCCAGAGAUUCAUUAUUGAAGUUGGACCGAAAUGGUCAAUCGAUACAUCUUCACUCGAAGAAUCACAUGCCAAUGCUAUGAGAACAGCCAGUAACUCCCGUAUUCAAAUUACUGGAAAAACUGCCCAAGAAAGAAGAAAAAUGAGUUAUGAAACUCCAGGAGUUUGUGGCCUAGCAAAUCUUGGUAACACUUGCUUUAUGAACAGCGGUUUGCAAUGUCUUACACAUACACCAGUUUUCUACGAGUAUUUUGUUAAUGAUCACUAUGUGAAAGAAAUUAACAAAACAAAUGUUUUGGGUAUGGGAGGAGCCAUGGCAAUCGCUUUUGGAAAUUUAAUGAAGGAAAUGUGGUCUGGUGAACAUUCCUAUGUUUCUCCUGUUGAAUUUAAACGUGUUAUUGGAAAGUAUGCCCCUCAGUUUGCAGGCUAUCAACAACAAGACUCCCAAGAGUUGAUUUCCUUCUUACUGGAUGGACUUCAUGAAGAUUUGAACAGAGUUAAGGAUAAGCCAUCAACAACUCCAGUUGAAGCAAAAGGAAGAGAGGAUGCCAUUGUUGCAAAAGAGUCAUGGGAGACUCACAAACUCCGUAAUAAUUCAAUCAUUGUGGACAAAUUCCAAGGCCAAUUGAAAUCAACUCUUCACUGUCCAAAGUGUGACAAUGUAUCGAUUACAUUUGAUCCCUUCAUGUAUUUAACAUUGCCCAUUCCAGUAGAAAAAAACAGAAAGAUUUCAUUUUUAAUGUUUCUAAAUAACACUUACCCAGAUGAAAUCGAGCAAUCGGUAGAAAAUGAUAACACCAAGAUAAGCAACAUGCCAAUCAAAAUAUCAUGCAUUGUUAACAAACAUGGAUCUGUUUCAGAGCUUAGAGACGCUGUUUUAGAUCAAUUAAGCCUCAAUCCCAAAGAAGAUCAUGAUAGAUGUCUUAUUUACGAAAUAUUUAAUAAUAGGGUCUACAAAUUCCUUUCCGAUCAUGAUCCAAUUAGUGGAAUUUUGGACAAUGAUACAUUACAUUGCCAAAUUAUGCCAAAGAUUUCAGAUUUGAAAUAUAACGAAUGGGUUUUUACUGGAAAAUCUUUUGAAAGAUUGCUCUCUCUACCACCUAACGUCCAUGCACUAUAUUCUAGUAGACAAUCAUAUGGAUCUUCCAGCUCCUCUCAGCAAUUACCAUUCUUACAAGUUAAGCUUACUUCUUAUGACAGACAAUUCGAGCAAAUUGGUUGUCCUUUUGUAAUUCCUUUGGGAAAAAUAUACGAGAGUAAGACACAAGAAGGACAAGAAGUGGACCUUCCAACUAAUGCAGACAUUUAUGAGUACUGCUUCUAUUACAUGCUUCGCUAUUUCUCAAAGGAUUUUCUUAACACCACUAUGGAAUAUAUCAAGCAGAACAAUUUUAACAUUUAUGAUCUAUUUCCAACCAAACAAAAGAUUGAAGAAAUCAAAAAACGUGCCUUUGACAGAACAGCAACUGUUGAUGACUCCUUGAACUCAAUCUUUUAUAUAUCCGACGGAGAGAAUCAUACUCGUUUUAAUGAGGAAACUCUUGAUGGUGUCAUUCCAUGUGAUGAUUCCAUAUUUGUUCCACCAGUUGAGCGACCAAAUAUUUAUGGAAAGACGUCUAAAAAAACCAUUUUCAUGCACAUUCCUGCUCAACACAAGAAACAGUUACUUGACUACAAUGCUCUGACACAAUUCAAAGAGCAUCCAUCUUUAAGCCAAAAAGUAAGCAGUGGCGAGGGUUGCUCAAUUUAUCAAUGUUUAGAAUCCUUUACAAGCAUGGAAAAACUCAGCGCAAACGAUACAUGGUAUUGUCCAACUUGCAAAGAUCACGUUCAAGCAACUAAAAAGUUUGACAUUUGGAAAGUGCCAGACGUAUUGGUUGUGCACUUGAAACGGUUCUCGUUCACUAGUUACAGUAGAGAUAAGAUUGACCGUUUCAUUGAUUUCCCAAUCCAAGAUUUUGAUUUGUCCAGUUAUGUGAAAUGCAAGGAAAACACAGAUCCCAAGUAUGACUUGUUCGCAAUUUCUGAUCACUUUGGGGGCUUGGGUGGUGGCCAUUACACUGCAUGUGCAAAGAAUCAUUUAAAUGGAAAAUGGUACAAAUUCGAUGACAGUCGCACUGCUGAAAUUAGCAACGCAGAGUCUAUGAAGUCUCACAGCAACUAUGUAUUGUUCUAUGUUCGAAAAGAGUAA